AUGCUCGUCAAACAUGAGUGCCUUGCUGGAAAUUCGGCGAUUCCCUGUGAAACUGAUGGAGUCAAAAUUCAUCAUACAUUUCUCGAAGCAACGGAAAGAAAAAACGAGUACUGCAUCAAUACUCAUGUCUCUGAAGAUGACCCGCCGAUGCGAGCGAUGUACUAUAAAGACCUUCCUCUUCAUGAAGAUCCUAGUCUACUCGGGCUUGUUCUUCAACGACCAUUUGGCGCGAAUAACCAUUAUAAUUCUGAGUUUGGGGACACUUGGAUUCUCGACAAGCAAGAAUGCAUGGAAGAAAAAUGUCCUUACAUUGUGAGAGCGGGAGAACGUCCUCAUAAAGGUUGGAAACGGAAUCCGAGUCAUUCCCAAAUGGAGUCUAGCGACAACUGGCUCUUGUUCGAACAAAUCGAAGACGACAAUGAUGACUUUCUUUGGUUCAUUGAAACCCAAAUCAAAAACUGA